AAAGAAUCUCUCUUCUUCCUCAAUAUAGCGGCGACUCACUUCCUCGACCUUCCACCACUCCGAUCUCCAGCGGCCAUGGCUCUCGCGUUCAGCAGCAACAACAUAAUGUCUCCCUCAAAUUUCGGUGGUGGCGCUCAACCUUCGCCUCCGCGACUUUUCUCACCUCUUAGUUUGACCUCACCUUUGCUUCGAACAAAACUCCGUCUUCGGCCUCAUCUCUUUGAAUCUGUGCCUCUUCUCUUCUUCGAUGAACUCCAAUCUACCGUCGUUGUUAUCCUCUCACAUUCUUCUUCGAGGUUUUUGAACAAACAACAUACACCGUAUGCUAACCAGGGAGAUAGAAGAUUGCCUACCAGAUACGAGUUUGGAGAUUCUUCAACAGUGAUGCCGACGACGAUGGGAAAUCUAGAAGUAGAUUCUUCACCUUAUUCUUCUUUUCUGAUUCAUUUGUGGCGGAUUCAAGCCCUGGAUUGUUAG